AUGAUUGGCGUGUUCAUGCGUUUUCUCUGGUCCUUGGCCAUGAUGCAGUGUAUCCAGGCUAGAGUUGCGAUGCGACCUCUUUUCUACGGGCAGGACAGUGCUAUUAUAGUGGACAUCAACAGAAAAUUUCCACCCAGGUUGGACUCCAAGCUACAAAACGCCCUGUACUACAACAUGCCGGUUUACAAGCUGAUUAGACCCAAUUUACCCACGACAACGACAACCACAACCACAGCUGCUCCAAGUUCGGACUAUCCCGCUGAUCUUGUGGAUAUAGCACACAAAAAGUUGGGCCUGAAAAGCCUGCCGAGCAUUGAGGAGCUGGGCGAAAUGAUUGGCACUGAUAAUGUCAGGGAAACCAUCGACUAUGUACGCACCCUGGCCGGUACUGAUGAGGGUCUAGCGCUGAUGAAGCAAUAUCUGGACACUUUGAACUUCGAGCAGGUGGAGGAGAAUGUGGCGGAGGCGACGGAGAAGGCUGACGACGACGACGACGAUGAAAACACCAUGGACAAUGCCAGUUAUUACGAUAUGCCCCAGGAAAAGCCUACCACCAUAGCGCCCACCCCUGAGCUAACCCUUAUGCAGCGCCUCGGUGACUUUAUGGAUCAGUAUAUUCCGUGGUCAGGUCAGGUCACCACUUCUGCGACUCCUCCGGUCACGGCUCAGCCAUCUGGGUCGUUCCAGCCCGUCUUUGUGGCUCCUCCUGCGAGCAUGAAACCCUUGCGUCCUAUCCUGGUCAGGCAACCGCUUCCGUAUCACUACCCCAUUCCCCUGCCACCUGUGGCGUUGCCCACCAUUAAGCCGAUUCAAAUGCCCAGCAGCAGCACACCAGCACCCAAACCGCACCUCAACACUCCCAGGCUGCCGGAGGAUGCGGAGUUCAAAUACUCUGUCUUGCCUCCGCACAUCCAGCAGCUCGCCAAGGUGGCCAAUAUUCCGCCCCAGGUCGUUGAAAGCUUCCUGGAGCGGCAGCCGAAACUGGCGCAACUGGCCAAGCGGCUGAGUAACCUGGCACUCAGCCCAGAACAAACCGAGGCCAUGAACUCCCAAGUGCUGAAGGCCGUCCAGAACGCCCUGACCAAGAACGACGAUCUUCAGCGGCUCAUCGAGGCGUCCCAGGCACUUAAGUAGCCCAAAUAUGUAACUAGUCCUAACACCAUUUCAAAGAAAAUAAAU